AUGUCUUCCACUUCCUCCUCGUCCUCCUCGAGCAUUGUCCACAGUGUCGGCUCCAGCGAGCUGGAUCAUGGCCUCGGGAGGUUGACUAUGCCAGGCUCCAAGCCUACUUCUAGCCAAAGCAGCGACUACCAAGCUGUGAAGGUCGACGACAAACUCAGCAUGAGCAUAACCUCCGAAGCAUCCAAUAGUGUGGAUGUGCUCAAACUUAUGAGAAAGUAUAAGUUCAAGGAUUCCUUCUACAGUAGCACAGGAGAGGUUCUAGGCAGAGGUUCCUACGCACAGGUUCGCGUCGUCUAUAAGCGCAACAGCAAGAACGAGACUUCUCCUUAUGUCGCCAAGGAGUUCUUCGAGAGAAAGAAUGUCCCAUACGAGGUUUGUGUGCGUGAUAUCCGUAAAGAAUUCAUCGUCGCUCGUCAUGCUCGUCAUCCAAAUGUCGUCAAAACUGUUGACCUUUGCAUCAAGGAGACACAAUUAAGCAUUGUCAUGGAGUACUGCAGCCAGGGUGACCUUCUAGAUCUUGUUGCGAUCGGUCACCUAAGCACCACUGGCCAGUUGUGCCUUUUCAAGCAGCUUUUGCGAGGCGUAUCCUACCUUCAUAGCCAUGACAUCGCCCAUCGCGACCUCAAGCCGGAGAACCUGCUCCUCACAGAAAGGGGCGUUCUCAAGAUUACUGACUUUGGCUUCGCCGUGGUCUUCAGGGACCCCGAAAUAGAUCCCAACAGAGUCCGCUAUUGUUCGAACAGCAAACUCUGCGGUACCAAAUGCUACCUGCCACAUGAGGUAUGGUACACUAAAUACUACGACCCACGCCGGCUUGAUGUGUGGGCCUGUGCCUUGAUCGGACGGUGCUUGUUCAACUUGAAAUUGGCAUGGGAGGUCUCCAAUAUGAAUACUGAUGCGGACUUUUAUCGGUUUAUAAGUACCUGGAUGAAAUUCCGGAGCAGCCGUUGUUCCAGCCUUAUCGAUUGGCCAGAUAUUUACGAAUGGGCGCCAGGGUUCCGUCCUGAAGACUACCCCAGCCCUGAGAUAUGGUCUUUGAUCCUUAUGAUGCUGCACUUUGACCCAGAGCGGAGGCUCACCAUCGACCAAGCUUUAAAUGAUCCUUGGGUUCAGGCUAUUGAAUGCUGUUCCCCAAUGAAACUUGAAACAGCUUCUACAGACUCUUUUUCUCCUCUCGAUAAUCAUCAUCAUUAUUAUUAUACCCAUGGGCUGCCAUCACAACAGCACCUAGCAGACACGGCCACCGAGGCCCCGUCCCCGAGCGUUCCAAGUUCCGGGACCGAGACAAGCGAAUCAAGUGGCCUCAAUACGCCAGUGUAUUCAAGCACUGAAUAG